AUGAACGGCACUGCCGACUUCUAUGGCUAUGCAAACAACAAGCAAUCCGUAACAAUCCACAACGUCCGUGGACAGGAAGAUGAAUUCACUCUGUCGAAAAACGGUUUCCAAUAUAUCACCCAUACCAGUGCGUACAUCCCGAUAUUAGACUCCUCGAAGAUUAAAUUGGAUUUGUACGCGGAGGUAGCGGAGUUGUUAAAGAACACUAUCACCCCCAAACCAAGCUACAUAAAAGUAGUCUCCCACACAAUCCGCUCCUCCCUCACCGACCUCAACAGCGAAUACACGGGGAUGCCUGGUCCCGCACGAGCCGCGCACCUGGAUCACACUCCCGUAGGCGCAAAGAAAUAUUUUCAUGAAAAGGUCCCGCACGAGGACGCGUCCCGACUUGCCCAGAUGCGAUGGGCGAUUAUCAAUGUAUGGCGCCCUCUUAAAGCUAUCAAACGGGAUCCGCUCGCUGUCUGUGAUGGGAGCACAUUGCGACCAGGUGAUUUAUUGCCUAUUCAGAUGGAUUAUUCAAGCAAUGCGCGGGCGAAAGCGCUGGGAGGGGAGAAGGGAUUAACGACGACAGAGGGUUGGAUGAAGGGCGUGUGGCGGUGCAUGCGUCUUUUGAGCAUCCUGGUGCCAGAGACGGAGAGAUAA